UGAACUUCCCGCUCGUUCUUCCGGUUCACAGUUUUUUGAGUUUUUCCUUAAAAUCACGUUUUUACUCUUUUUUUGUAACAGCAGCUGUCAACGACCUGACGACCUGAACUAUCGCGAGACUGAGUCAGAGAGCGAGAGUAGAGGACGGGUUCAGGCUGAUAGCAACAUUACUCACUGAUCAGCAACAACAACAACCUCUAACAUCAGUAUUCAUCUGUUAUUAUACUAUCAUGAUGAUGAACUGUGAGCCAGGACUCACCACAGAGACACGGAGGAACUCACUGGACUGAGAUAUACAGGAUGUGGCCACGUUUCUCUGGAUGUCUGACAGACAGUGAAGAAGGGGCACACCUUGUGAAUCCCACACAUCUUACCUCCUCUAUCCAUCCAUCUACUGGCUGUCUCAGUCCCACAUGUUCUUGUUGAAAACGUAUUUAAAUUCACAAAAUAAUGUAGCAGAAAGCUUCGCCUCGGAGAUAUUUGACCUCUUUUAACCCCAUCCUGCAUGGGUCCGGUGCAUUUUAAGUCUUUAUUUUUAGAUGGGGCUGAGCACAACACUUAAGUUCACACUCAUUUGUAAAUUAUUAGACCAAUGUGCCGUGUUUGCCCCCAGUCAGUCCCCCCAGCUGUGCAAUCACUUCAGCUUUCUGUUGUAUGUUUGAAGUGAUUUGAUCGACCAUCAAGCCAAUCAGAAUGAACGGCUCUCUUUUAACCCCGCCCAGCCCGAGGGCGGCAAACUCCUCUCCGUUACCCCCCUCGCCCUCCCCAUCUCCGUCCCCUCCGUCUCCCUCCAUGCUGCCCCUGUCCCCCCGGCCGCCUCCUCUGCCCCCUCUGGUGAGCCCACCAACCCAGGCUCACCCGUCCUCCCUGUCAGAUACCCCCACGCCGUCCCCCUCGCCAUGCCUGAGCUGGACCGAAUUCUGUGAGCUCCAUGCCCGCGUUGCAGCCGGUGACUUUGCACGCCACUUUCGGGCUUUUCUCCUGGAAAACCCCCACUACUCUUCAGACUCAGCGACCGCCUUCUGCCGGCGCUUCACCGACCGCUUCGUCCGUCACUUCCAGAGUGAGCUGGAGGGGGCGCUCCCGCAGAGCUGUGCUUCUGGGAGGGACGACAUGGCGAGCUGGGCUCCCCAGUCAGAUGCUACUUCCCUGGAAGAGGAAGCGGUUUCGCCCCUGUCGGCGUCUGGGGGCGCUAUCCUCCCGUGUCCCCCGAUUAACACGACACGGGUCUUAUCGAAGCCUGCGCCGGCACGGCUGGUGCUGGAGAACCGCAGUGGGGACAGGUUUCAAGAUUCUUACGCCCACGGCCAAGUCCUGCCUCCAUCUUCAUCAUCGUCAUGUUGCUCCUCAGUGGGAGGGAACAACGGCCGGCGUGAGGAGAGGGGGGCUAUGAUGGCCCCUGGGAAUGGGGAAGCACCAGUUGAGGAAGAGGAGGACAGCUGGUUAGGGGUAGCGUCUGUGGGGGAAGACGUAGAGCCAGAAGAGCGGGAGGCAGAGUCUGCAGAGGUGGACAGCGCCGACCCGUCCUACACUCCUCAGAUUCCACCCUCGGCCUCUCCUCCACCUGGCUCCAAAGGUAACGGCACGCCCAACUCCAAAAACAAACUGAAGAAACGCUUCUCUCUGCGGAGCGUGGGUCGCAGUGUGCGGGGGAGCGUCCGGGGCAUCCUGCACUGGCGGAGCUCGUCCAGUGACUCGGCCCAGAGCCAGCUGCCCUCCAGCUACAGCUACACGAUGGGCGUGCAGGACGCCACCUUGGUUUCAACCUCAAAGAGGAACUCUGGUACGCAGCCUCCUACACCCACCUCCUCCAUGCCUGUUUCCCUGUCCAUGCCCCUCUCCCUUCCCCACUCCUCCUCCUCCUCGCUGCCGCCCUCAUCUUCAAGCAGCGCCACCUCUCUGUCUCUUUCGGAGGCUGCUCGGGAUCGGCGGCGGAGCAACGGCGAAGGAGGCGAGAAGGAGAAGUGGAGCCAUCGUCUCGAGAAACUCAGACUAUCGCGAUCCCCUCCUCCUGUCCUCACCCCGACAGCCGCCGGCCCUCACUCCGCCUCCUCCACGCUGCCUCCGAGCAGUGCCGCCGCCGCCGCCAUGGGACCUCCGAGGAAGGUGGGCCGGUUGGUGCGAGAGGGCGGAGUGAGCGUCAGCUCUUCCAGCGACGAGUUGAGCGCAAGCCACGGCUUUUCCGGCUUUUCGUUCGGUCUCCUGCAUCACGGUACGGACAACAACAAUGCCGCCUCGGCUUCGUCUGCUGCAGCUCAGGCCGGCGCGGUGCAGCCGCUGGCCAGCGGAGGGAACGUGCCCUGGAGAGGAGGACGCUGGCACAAGUGUCGUCUGGUCCUCAAAGAGAGGGACCGAGAAGGUGGCGAGCGGGGAGAGGAGUACUACUUGGAAUUCUUCAUUCCACCUAAAUCAUCGAAGCCCCGGCUGACGGUCCCUUGCUGCUCCAUCGCGGAUGUGAGGAGCACCACAGCGCUGGAGGUCCCCGAUAAGGAGAACACCUUUCUGCUGCAGCUGGACGGCUCAGCGCAGUACGUGAUCGAGACCCGUGACGCAGUGCAGAUGAGAGCCUGGCUGAGUGACAUCAGGAACGGCAUCUGUCUCAGUGAACAGGAAGAUCCUGAAGGUGUGUGCGUGGGGCCGUUGGACAUCAGCGGGACGCCUGAGACUGUUGACCGUCUGUCACAAGUGUGUUACGGAGGUAUUGGAGGCUCCUCGCCUCUGAUGGAUCCCCUCCCACCGGAGCUGCCACCUCGAGCCCCUCUCGACGAACCAGACAGCCGGGGCGGGGUUAGCCUCGGCACCCCUUUCGCUGAGACGCCAGACGCCACAGGCUCCUUCCUGUUCUCUGAGGUGAUCACCGCCGAGGCUGUGGAGCACCCGCUCAGCGAGUGUCAGUGGUUCCACGGCACGCUGUCCCGUCUCAAAGCUGCUCAGCUGGUGUUGGCUGGAGGCCCGGCGAGCCACGGCGUCUUCCUUGUUCGCCAGAGCGAGACACGGCGCGGGGAAUACGUCCUUACCUUUAACUUCCAGGGCAAGGCCAAGCACCUCCGUCUGUCCCUGAACGAGGACGGUCAGUGCCGAGUGCAGCACCUUUGGUUCCAGUCAAUCUUCGACAUGCUGGAGCACUUCCGGGUGCACCCGAUCCCCCUGGAGUCCGGCGGCGCCUCGGACGUCACGCUCAUCAGCUUCGUGGGUGCCACCGCUGUUCGCCAGCCAGGCCGAGACAGAGCAGGCAGUCGGCCUACAGUCUGUGAUGUCAUCACCACGCGCCAUCCUGACUCUCCAUCAACCCCCAUCUCUGACUGUGUACUUGACCAGCAGACCCCGUAGCCCACCUCAGCCUCCUCCGCUGCCGCCGGGCCGCCCGCCGCCCCCGACUCCUCCCCAGGAGAGAGGAGGAAACGAGACGGAGGGUGGAGGAGGAGGAGGAGGAGGAGGAGGAGCAGCAGCAGCAGGAGGAGGAGCAGCAGCAGG